AAAUAAAAAGCCACAGCAGCGUUCUACUCCUCAGUAUCGCUUGAACCGGCAGCAUCAUCGAACGUGCUCAUCAUGAGCGUCCUCGCAACGAAGUGGCUAUUUCUUAAUGCCAUUUUAUUGUUUAACGUAAUAAUCCAAGAAAAUUCAGCACAAUAUAUUCCUCCAGCAGCGAGCGUAGAACCUCUUUAUCCAAAAGGAUUACGAAUGUCUAUUCCAGAUGAGGAUGGUAUCAGUUUGGUCGCAUUUCACGUAAAAUUUAACGACGAUUUCUACAGCCUCGAAGCGGGUACUAUUGCCAGGGACAUCAUAAAAAAAAGAAACGGCCGUUGGACGUAUGAAGAUAGAAGCACGAGAUUAAAACGAGGCGACAGGAUUUAUUAUUGGCUCCAUGUCGUUUACGAAGGUCUUGGUUAUAAUUUACUUGACCAACAAUAUGAAGUCAAAGAAUUUUACAAUUACGAUGGAACUCCAGUGGACGGAGGUACCGCGGAUAACAUCACCUGUUCGACACCAUCGCAGACUAAAAUCUUCGAAGGUAAUAUAAAUCAACAGACGAAAGGAAAAACCGUCUGCCCGGGACAAACGAUCUUCGAAGAAAAUUUCGAUUUUCUUAAUACGAAUCUUUGGACGAACCUUGAACGUUUUUCUGUCAUUCCGAAUUAUGAAUUUGUCGUAUACAUGAAGAAUAGCGACAACGUGGAAGUCAAAGAUGGUAUUUUGCAUAUUAAACCAACUUUCACCAAUGAUAAGUUUGGUAACAACUUCGUUACAAACGGUAAUCUGACUUUGACGAGCUGUACAGGCGUAGCUAAUACCGACGAUUGCAAACGAAAUGCAUUUGCAGCGUACAUUUUACCGCCUGUUAUAUCAGGACGAUUAAAUACCAAGUCAUCGUUCGCUUUCCAGUACGGACGCAUUCAAAUCCGUGCCAAAUUGCCUCGUGGUGACUGGUUAUAUCCUUUACUCACUCUAGAGAACAUAAACGAAUAUACAUCAAAUUCGCCGCUCUAUUCUGACAUCAUAGUGGCUCAUUCAAAUGGAAACCCAUUCCUCAAAACGCGAACAGGAAACGACAUUAGCGGGCACAUUCUUGUAGCUGGAGCUCAUGCGACGACCAUAAACCAACAUUCUCCACGUGAUAAUCGAUUAAUGCUUCCUAAAAAGACCUCAACGAAUUUAUGGUCAGAUGAUUAUCAUGUGUACGAUUUGGAAUGGAAAAGCGAUCGAAUCACGCUCAAGGUUGAUGAAGAACAGUAUGGCGAUCAAGAAGUUCCACCAAGUUUGUUCAAUAAUCCGGCUUAUAUAAACAUCGGUCUAGCCGUAGGAGGUCACUUGGUCUUCCCAGAUGGCUGUGUCAGCAGCGAGUACGCAAAGCCCUGGAGAGACGUCGAAUCGAAGGCACUCCUCAAUUUCUAUACAGCAGCAGACAAAUGGCAAGCAACCUGGAGGAACAGUGACACCGGUCUUCAUAUAGACUACAUUAAAAUCCUGGCUGUCUAAUUCCAUUUUUCACUUUGAUUAAAAAACACGUUUAAUCACUCCUUUCUAUUUUCUAUCGCUUUCGUAUUCCUUUAUAUAAAUUGAUAAAAUACACAGCAAUUAGAAGGGAAGCGGAGGAGGUACCAACACGGAAGCAGGCAACGGUUCUUGAUAAGGCACGUCAUCCGGAUGAAAACCAGAACCAAGCAAUUCAAUCAGUCGUUGUCCUCGAUAGCCAUAGCGUCUCUGAUAAUCAAACGAGGCACGAGGUCCAUCUUCUGGUCUGAAUUCAAACAUCAUCUUCUUCCUAGUGUCCGGAGAAGCUACCAGUCUCAGAAAACCAUCCACACCAUUUCUUGGCCAUUCCCAAAAUCUUCCACUAGACCAUAGCGAACGAAUCGUGGCCAUCCAUCUCGAGGGAGACAAGCCAAACGGAAGUGUCCUAGCGACUCGAGUUGAAACAGUUCCAUCACACUGGACUACUAUGCACAGCUGUAUAUGCAAUAAAACAAUCAUGAAACGAU